AUGCCCACCAAUGUCAUUAAGAUGUAUGUCAUCAACCCUGCGAGAUGUUGCCUGGCGGGCCCCUGGCAGAUUAUCGUCUUCUUCUCGCUGGUCUUCGUGGCGCUGGUGACACCAGUGCAGGUGUGCCUGCUUCACCAGAAUGAGUACAACCCCGCCUUCUUCCUCGGCCUACUGGUGGACUUCAUCUUCCUCGUCGAUAUGGGCCUCCAGUUCUGCACUGCCUACACUCGGAACACUCCCUCGGGUGUCGUCCUCGAGGUGCGCCUGGGACGGAUCGUGUCCCGGUACUUGAAGACCUGGUUUUUCUUGGACUUCGUGACCCUCAUCCCCUUCGACCUUAUCACGCCGCAUGAGACGGACAACGACAUAGGUUACAGUGGCGUCAAAGUCCUGCGCGCCCUCCGACUGUUGAAGCUGAUCAGGCUCGCCCGGCGGUCGCCGUGGAUGGAGGAGCAGGAGGCUCUGCGAUCCAUCCCAUACCAGCAGCUCGCCCUGGCGCGCUUCCUUCUGGUUCUAGGGCUGAUGUGCCACUGGCUUGCAUGCCUCUGGGCGUUUACGCUCCAGCUGGUGGACAACACCUAUCCCAAGUGGAUUGACGAAAUCCAAGAGUCCGACCUUCAGUUUGGCGUGGACACGCGGGAGUCUCCCUACCGUAUCUACGUGGCCUCCUUCUUCUUCUGCGCGUACACGGUGACUUCGGUCGGCUACGGCGACAUCUCCCCGCAGAACAUACUGGAGCGGAUCGUCGGGUCCGUGAUCGUGCUGAUCUCGGGCCUUGCAUGGGCCUACAUCAUCGGAGAGGUGGGUGCCAUCGUGGACGACUUAACCCACGAGAGUCAGGAGUUUCGGCAGCGAAUGCACCGGCUCAACACGAUGAUGGGCGACCAGGGCCUGGAGCCGGACCUGCAAUGCCGACUGCGGCGCUACUUCUUGCAAAACAGGCACCAGUCGGUCUUCAAGGAGCGGCAGGCGCUGAUGGAGCGGAUGAGCCCGCAGCUGCGUGCGGAGGCCUGCAUCGCCAUCAAUGGCGUGUGGCUCCAGAAGGUUCCCUUCUUCAAGCAGUUCAUCAGCCACAUCAAGCGUCUGGAGUGCGAAGAUCGCUACACCGGUCCUGAGGAAGCUUGCGUGGCGGACAUCUCGAAGAAGCUUCAGCUCCAGGCCUUUGCGCAGGAGGAGAGCUUCGACAACUUGCAGGUCCUUUUCAUCCUGUCCCGGGGUAUGCUGGCGGUGUUUUGCCACAAGAGCCACCUCUUCGUGGGCGACAGAACCCGAACGUAUGGCUUCAAAGGGCCUGGAGAAGUCUGGGGGGAAGACUUCGUCUUGUCGGACGUUUCUUUGAUCCGAUCGCAGACGGGCUAUGCCUUGACGUACUGCGAAGUCCUCUCCCUAACGCACCACGACUUCAUGCAGGUGCUCCAGCGGCGGAGGCAAUCCUGCCCAGAGCUCUGGGCCAUCGUCCGGCAUUACACCAUCUGGUUGGCCGUGCGCCGGGGCAUCUUUGCCGAGGCGAAGCGGCGUAUCUGGAAGAAGCAGAAGAAG